CUUGCCUAUCUAUCUACUUCGUCCCUAGUCCCAACAAUGCCCGUUCCGGACUCCUCGGCACUCUGGCUCCACCAACAAGGCCUCCUCAAAAACGAGCUUACCUCUGCACGGGACUCCUCCAACACGACCGCCCUCGGUGCUGCCAUCGAGAGAGCCAUGGCGAGCUACGAGGCCUACUACAGUGCGCGCGCAGAGUCCAUCCACGCAGACCCGGUGCGCUUCUUCUGCGCACCUUGUGCGACUCCGCUCGAGCGCGCGACGCAGUGGAUGGCCGGGUGGCGUCCGAGCGUGUUUAUCCACCUUCUUUACUCCGAGUCAGGGAUUCGGCUCCAGGCUCAGCUUAAUGAUCUUCUUAACGGGGUGCAUUCAGGGGAUCUUGGGGACCUUUCACCAAGGCAACUGGGAAAGGUGGAUGAGGUGCAAAGGAGGACAAUAAGAGAGGAGGAGGAGAUUUCGCAGGAGAUGGGGGAGUUGCAGUUGGGGGUGGGAGAAGGGGAUUGGGAUUUGGAGGAGAAGGUGGGGACUUUAGAGACGAUCAUUCAGAAGGCUGAUGAUUUGAGGUUGAGGACUUUGAAGGAUAUUGUGGAUUUCUUGGAGCCCGUUCAGGUUGUGGAUCUUUUGGUGGCUGCAGCCGAUUUUGAGAUUGGUAUGAGGUGUGUUAGUAUCGAUAGGAAUAUUACUGGGCAAUAA